AAUCUGAACGACCCCAUAAUAUCUAGUUACAACUAUAAAAUAACUAAAAACCACCCUAAAUCUCUCUCACCCACUCUCUUUCUCUCACCUCUUUGCUAUUCUUGUUCAAGAAUCACAAUUGCUCUGAAGUUCCACUCAUCUUUUGUUCAACAAAUUUAGGUAGCUAUAAUAAUGACUAAACAAAAUUUAUUUGAUGCUAAAUCCUGUGUCAAUUCCACCAUGUUCGUGGUGGAAGUGGCGAAGCCACCUCCACCACCACCACCGCCACGGGGAAGUUGCAUCAAUAAUAUUUCAAUAAAAACACUUGUUGAAAUAAAUGGUGAUCCAAAGAUAAUGAAAUCUUGGAUUGAUUCAAUGAGAGCUUCUUCUCCUACUCAUCACAUGUCCACAACUCUCUAUGAAGACAAGACUUCUUGGAUGGUGCAUCAUCCAUCAGCAGUUGACAUGUUUGAAGAUAUAAUAAGUGUUUCUAAAGGGAAGAAAAUUGUAAUGUUUUUAGACUAUGAUGGUACCCUUUCUCCCAUUGUUGAUGACCCUGAUCAAGCUUUCAUGUCUCAUGAUAUGAGAGGAACAGUGAGAAAACUUGCUAGAUAUUUCCCUACUGCUAUAGUUAGUGGGAGGUGCAGAGACAAGGUAUACAAUUUUGUACAAUUAUCAGAGUUGUACUAUGCUGGAAGCCAUGGGAUGGAUAUAAAAGGACCAUCAAAAGGUUCUAAAUACAGUAAGAAAGGAAGUCAAGCUAUUCUUUUUCAACCAGCAAGUAAAUUUCUUCCAAUGAUUAUUGAGGUUUGCAAACAAUUAUUGUACAAAACAAAGUCUAUUGAAGGUGUUAGAGUGGAGAAUAAUAAGUUUUGUGUGUCUGUGCAUUUCCGUUGCGUCGAUGAAAAGAAAUGGGGUGAAUUAUCACAAGAAUUAAGGUACUUAGAGAAAGAAGGCAAGGUUUAGGCAUUCUUGUUUCAAAAACUCGAAAAGACACACAUGCAUCAUAUUCUUUACAAGAACCUUCUGAGGUGAGAAUCUUUAAACAUUAAGUUUCUUUUUGGACCAUCAAACAAAGUGGAUUAUGAACUCAUUUAUUUGCACUUAAUGGAGGUCUGAAUUUUAAUUAUUUA